CUGGCUCUGAGCUCUUCCCUCCAGGCCCCGGAGAUGCUGUGGCUGGUGUUUCUGACCCUCCCCUUCCUGGGGGGCUCUGCGCCCGUGACCCCCGAGCCUGGCCUGGGACCAGAGCUGGUGGGCAUCGUGGGCGGCUGCGACGUCCCCGCCCGGAAGUAUCCGUGGCAGGUCAGCCUGAGGUUCUACAGCAUGACGUAUUACCUGUGGGAGCACCUGUGCGGGGGCUCCCUCAUCCACCCCGAGUGGGUGCUGACCGCUGCCCACUGCGUUGAGCCGGAGGAGUUGGAGGCUUGUGCCUUCAGGGUCCAGGUCGGGCAGCUGAGACUCUAUGACCACGACCAGCUGCACAAGGUGGCGGAGAUCAUCCGCCACCCCAACUACAACGAGAGCCUGUCUGCCUGGGGGGGCGCGGACAUCGCCUUGCUGAGGCUGGAGGCCCCGGUGAUGCUCUCCGAGGACGUCAGCCCGGUCUCCCUCCCGCCUGCCUCCCUACGGGUCCCCUCGAGGACGAUGUGCUGGGUGACCGGCUGGGGUGGCAUUGGGAACAACUUGCCUCUGCCUCCCCCCCACCGCCUGCAGGAGGUGGAGGUCCCCGUGGUGGGGAACCGGGAAUGCAGCCGGCGGUACCGGAACUCUUCGGGCGGCGGCUACGACCUCAUCCGCGCUGACAUGCUGUGCGCUGGGAGUGAGGGCCGGGACUCCUGCCAGGGUGACUCCGGGGGCCCCCUGGUGUGCAGCUGGAAUUGCACCUGGUUCCAGGUGGGGGUCGUGAGCUGGGGUGACGCCUGUGGUCAUCACGACCUCCCCGGGGUGUACACCCGAGUGACGAGCUACAUGCCCUGGAUCCGCCGGCACGUCCCCCUGGGCCCCGUGGCCUAGAAGGGACAGACCCCAGGUCCUCUGUCUUGGCAACGCAU